UGAUGAUUGAAUUCUUCCCCCGUCCACCUCAUAGCCCUCUAUCAUCAAAGUCUCCAUUCGGUCAUGUCGCGUCGAUCCUCCGCGUGUCCUCCCCAUCACAGCUCGAAUUCCCUAGUUUACACGCUCUCGUGCGAAGCUACUUGGAAGCGAUUUUUCCAAGUGGUCCUUUGCCGUUUAUGCAUCCCGAUCAUCUUGAGGAGGCAUUGGCACUUAUGACGGCGUACGACAUCAGAUCAGUAAGGCGGUUUCCGUCCACUCAACCGUUUUGUUUUUAUACCCGUAUUCGGACGGACUUAUGUCUGGAUCAGUCCCACCAUGUGAACAACACGUUGUUCUCAUACCAGAAAAUAAUUGUGCUCGUCCUCAGAACUGAAAGUGCAUUCAUUACAGCCUUGUCACAACGAUGGACUUUGAAGGGCUCUGGGUUGCAGUUACCAAGCAGUGAUGGUCACUAGGUUGCCAACUUUGGUCCAGAUUCACCCAGGGAUUGGACUGGCCUCAUCACUUGACAGAAUGUUG